UUGAGUUAAUAAGACUUAAAAAACUAAAGCCAAGAGAGCCAAGCCCCUAUAUUCGAACAUUUUGAUCAGGUGAUGGGCUUAGAUUUUUCAUGUAGGGUGGAUUGAUGAUAAAAUAAAAUGAAGUUUGAGAAGUCAAAAUUUGCGAUAAAUUACUCGAUAAAUUUGAAAUUUGGAGCCUAUCGAUAGAGAAGGCAAAGAGGUCAAUGUCCCUUUUUGCCUCUUCUAUGGCAAGCCUCGUUUUGCUGGUAACCAAGCAACCAGGUUCGUAAUUUGGCUGGAAAAGGGCGACUGAAGUCAUGAAAGAUGGUUGAAAGAAAAAAUGAGCAUUCGAGUUAACACACAUUCAAAGGCUUUGGAAAUAGAUCUUUUGUGUAUUUGGUUUUAAUGGUAUUUUCAAGUUAACUGCUUUCGUUAUGGAACCACCAGAAAAUCGGCAAGCUAGAAACAGUGCCGAUUUGAAUGGCAAUAUUGACUUGAACAAAUUUACAACGCUAUGUUCUGAAUUGGAGUGUGGAAUGUCCAAUACAUACAGUGCGUUGGAUGAAGUUUUGGGUUUAAAGAACAUAUUACUUGAACAGGAUCUUCCAAGUGCUGUGAAGGUGAAGAUGACGUUAGCUGUUGGCCGUCUUCAUCGAAGUAUUUCAGACAUGAGUGUUCCUAUGGGUGAAGUGACAAGGCUGGUUAGAUUGUAUGCUGUACCAUGGGAGAAUAAAAGUAAGGCCUUGAAAAAGCUUCAUCAAGAUUACGAAAGCAAACAACAUCAACUUGAGAUUGCCCUGAGAAGGCUAGAAAUUGUUGGUGUCCAAACUAUGCGCAUGGAAAGGGAAAGGAGGAUAAUGAACUGGGAGAAGAUAUUUGCAAAACUAGUUGGAGGGAAAUCACAUGGCCAGAGAUGGAGGUUUCUAAUUCGACAAUUCAAGCAGAAGCUGAAGGAUGGAGAAGAUCUUGCAAAUGUCUACUCUGCAGUGUCUGAUGAAGAAGAAGAUCAUGACAGCAGUGACGUUGAGGAGGAAGGGAGGUCUAAGAAGCAGCUGUUUGCACAAGAGUUGAAAGCUAAGUUACGACAAUUUGAUGGACUUCAGGAAGUCCUGUCUCCUGGUCGACAGACUUUGAAAAAGGAGCAGGAGAGUGAAAACCCAAGAAAUUCUUUUAUUGAAGAAGAAAGCGAAGCAAGUAUAAAUAUAGGGAAUUCAGAUGACAAUUAUUCCACCACUAGCAAUGAACUGGACUCCCAACAUUUGUCCUCUUCACAAACAAGGAAAAAGGUGCGAUUUGAUGAAACAGAUGGCAAUGAGUUGCAGAAAAACCAGUUAGGUGUUUCAAUUUUAACAGGAGCUGAUAAAAAGAAAGAAGUUGGGUCACAAAGGGUAGAAAUGAUAGAAAAAGAAUGCUGGACACAUGAACCUGACUUUGAAAAGUUAUUUCAUAUAAGACUGUUUAGGCCAAAGUGUAAAACACUAUCAUCAUCUUGGUGUACUGUUGUGUUUGAUAAUAAUGUGAGGAAAAGUCAGGUUUUUCCUGAAAUGAUUGAAAACGUUACAACUCAAGAGGAUCAAAUGCCUGUUAAAGAAAGUGAUUUAGAAGAGAAGCCAGCUACAAAAGCAGAGAGACAAGCUGAGUUCCAGUUAAAGGAGAAUGUAAAUAAUAAACCAGAUGAGAAAAGUAGAAAGAUUGACAAUUUUGAAGAGUUUAGUUUCAAAUUGCUUCCGGACUUUGAAACACGGAACAAAGAUGAGAUUUUGUUGAAAUUUUCUGUUCAUCCAGCUAAUAAAAAGACAAUGAUUGCAAUGGCUAGUGUUAAACUCUCUGAUAUUAGAGCAAUAGACAAAGAAAAUAUAAACAUAAAUCAGCAAUUUGAUGAACAGCUAGAGCCAAUCAAGUUGCCAAUAAAAGCAUCAAUCAAUAAUUCUGAGCUGAUUUUCAAUAGAACUUGUGGUGAAAUACGCAUUGUUUGUUAUUAUUCCAAAGUGAUUUUGCCACGAGUUAUCACCAGAGCAACUGAGACAUUAUCCAUUGAAGAGCUGACAAACAGAAUAAUUGAACUAAGAAGAAGGGAAGAUUUAAAGAGGCUGAAAAGUGCUGGAACCUCCAUGACAGAGAAGCCAAUCUAUACAGAGGAGCAAAUGAAGUUUGCAAAAGAAGAGUUAAAGCAGCAGUUGAACAACUUGAGAGAAGAAUAUGAGGAAAGGCUGAGUCUCAUAAUUUCACAACUUAGCAGGGAAAAUCAGGAAAGCUUAAGAGAAUUUGUGAAUGCUGCAACAUCACCUUUGUUUAUGUGGUCAGAAUCCCCAACAACUGAUUAUCCUAGUUGUGAUUCUUUCAGCCAAUCACAAAUCCAGCCUGUAAAACCAUCCAAGAGCAAAUCAACAAGGAAACAGUCUAAAAAACUUGACAAGAAACAACAAGUUUGGGGAGAAAAUUUACCAGAGGAUUUUUAUGAAAGAAUGGAAAUGUUUAGAGAGGAGAGCUUCAAGCAUCACCAAAAGCUAAAAGAAAAGAUCACCGAAGAAGUUAGCAAGGAAAUAGAGAAGAAAUUAGCAAGCAGCUAUAAGCUUGAUACUUCACAAAAAGAUGGUAAAGUUCCAGAGGAGGUCUGCUUGCCUGCAUUAUUCAUGCCAACAAAAUCCAGAAACCUCUACACUCCUAAGGCUAGAUCAUACUUUCAUGCAUUUGGUACAUACAGUGGAAGGAUAACACAGCCCCCAUCCAUUCUGCAGUUACCAAGGCUUCAAAAUGACAAUGCAGAUAUUGUUGGUAUAUAUGAAUCAGUCAUGAAACAAAAGAUGGAGAGUGUGCCGGACAGAGAAAAUGACACUGAUUUGGGGGGAUUCUCUCCAAUGUCAUCAUCUUCUAUAGAGCUUACAGGAAUUGAAAAAGAUCGAGAUGAGGACCUUGAAAAUGCAAGUUGAUUUGGUAUCAUCAUACUGAGGUAACUUUGAAAAAAUUCAAACAUUAUGAAGAAUUAUCUUCAGAAGGAUUUGAAAACAUGGCCAAAAAUCUAGAAACUGCAAAACAAUAUUUCCCACUUUGUGCUGCUUGGGUUUGGCACAUGAUACACUUUUUUAUAAGCUUACUUUUAGGGGGCUCCUCUACCAAACUGAUUUUAUAGUUAAGUUUAUAGUUUGGCAGUUUAAGUUUACUACCAAAAGUUUAUAGUUUGGCAAAGUUUUACAUUAAUUUGGCAAAUAACACAAUUAGAACAGGCUGGUAUCUACCGUAAAUCCUUGAAUUGCCCCCCCCCCUCAAACAAGUCCCCACCCUAGAACUACAAAUUGUCAAUAAGCCCCCCCUUCUCGAAUAAGUCUCCACUGCUACCUUGAUUUCUCGAAUUGGACCCCUCCAUUUGAUGAUUGUUGCCAUCUGAGGUUGCCAUUUUAUUGAAUUACCACAACAAAUUCAUACUUAUGGUAGUAAUUAAUUAAGUGCUCAUAAAGAAAUUCCUACUUAAAUAAACAAGGUAUUUUAAUAAUGUCUUCUUAAUGUCUACAAUAAUUUUAUAAGCCCCCCCCCUUGUAUAAGCCCCCCUCACUCGAAUAAACGCCCCAUCCAAAAUAUCAAAAAUAAAUAAGCCGCCAGGGGGCUAAUUCGAGGAUUUACGGUAUUUGCUAUUUUCAAGAGGUGAAGGUUAUCAUAUUUUUGUAAGAAUUGUUCUAUUUUUAAACCAAAGUGUUAAUAAUAUGUUGAUAAAAUAAUAAAUACUUUAAUAAAUCUGUAAGAGAUACUUAGGUCUUUAAAUUUAGUACUUAGCAUUAGGGUAAAGUACAGUUUAGUUGAAAGAGAUCCAAGGAUGGAAUGAAAUAUAAAGAAUAUAAGGCCUAAGAGGAAGGGCACAUCUUUAAAUUGCUCCUAGGCAAUGUCAAUGGUAAGGUAGAAGGGAUAUCUUCAAGGGAUAAAGGACUUCAGAGCAGUAGCAUGCCAAUGGUUAAGAAGAUGCAUGCCUCUGUUCAACUUUUUCUAUCAGAAAUAAAAAGUAUAAUUCCCAGAGCUGCACCACAAGUUGAAGCUGCACUCAAAUAUUGGAUUCUGAUUGGCUGACUUGCAAAAAUGUAAACAAAGUCUCUGAUUGGCUCUUUGGCAACUUCUGCCCCCUCUGCACACAUACUAGUCCGUAAUAAACCCCUAAAAUUGUGGAAACAAAUUUGGAUCUAGUUUCAAGCCCAGGUGUGCAAAUAACUGUGCCAUUUUCAACAGUUGUAACUUUUAAUCAAUUAUGAAAACGUUUUUUAAAAACACAAUCAAAAAAUAUUUUACCCUUAUUCUCUUACUCAAUCAGCCCCUUCCCCCUUUAUGCAGACAUCCCUUAUUGAGAACCCCCCUUUCCUAUGUGAAUAGCCCUUUUUACAUUCUCAAAUAAUGUGAAGAAGAGGUUGAAAUAUUGAACCUUGUGGCACUCUACAUUUUUUAUAACUUUCUUAAUAUUACAUAAAUUAUGUAGCUUUGUACAAAAUUUAAAAAAUAAAUGUGAGAAUAAAGUUAUUUGUCUUUA